GAGAGGCACUUCCGAGUCCGCCUGUAAUCAUCGUAAAGAGAUCGUAUUAGCCAUAGCGUUCUCCUCAAGGGCACAGCAGUUCGAGCAACUGUCGCAAAUAUCGCUCUCCGUGGCGAAAGACAUCUGACAAUGAUUUAAGGAACAGAUUCAGAGGCCAAUUGGAGGGCGACAAUGCUGAGCUUCAAGGUAUCUGCUUGCUGUCCCAAAUGGAACUGAUCGUGAACAAACCUCUGCCACCACCACGGCCACCGCCGAAUCCACCACGUCCACCACGACCACCAGGGGGUCCACCACGUCCGCGAGGAGCACCGAAGCCCAUUGUGUUAUAUGAAUCGAAUAGGAUCGACUUUAAAGUGAGGUUGAAUAGGUCUCGAAUGGGUUGCUGUACUAGCAACGAAAGCAAAAGAAAUUUUCCCGGGGGGAAGGAAUGAAAGCCGCUCGAUAUGGGCGAAGCUGUAAAUCGCAAGUGUCACUGGACCUUUCGAAGCAGCUGGUGCAGAAUUAUCGCACUUGCACUUGCUUUCAGUAAUCGGUCGAGGCCGUGCUGCUUGUCGUUGUUGCGGUCGAGAUUUUUCAUGAGUGACCGGCGGAACUUUGAAAAUCAGAAUGCGCUAGUCCUCAUGGGGACUAGACCCCGGCCUCUCUGUCGUGGGAACUUCAGGUCACGUGGUGUGGAUAGAUAGCGAGAUCACCU